CCGUGUGAGCCAGAAUGGUCUUGAUCUUCUGACCUCGUGAUCCACCCGCCUCAGCCUCCCAAAGUGCUGGAAUUACAGGCAUGAGCCACCGCACCCGGCUGCCAGUAUCUUUAAUUCAGACUGCCAGCUUCCAGAACCCUGAGAAAUAAAUACACUUCUGUUGUACAUGCCAGUCCAUGGUGUUCUGUUACAUCAGCCCAAAGAGAAUAAGAUCACAUGGUAACAGGCCAUGAUGACCCCCCAGUGAUUGCUUUUGCCUGAUCAAGGCAAGGCACCCCUGCCCUGAGCCAGAUGCUGGGAGGGUGUGGUAGAGGCUGCAUGGCGAGGGACUGAGCCAGGUGGCUGCUGGUGCUCCUGCCUCUGACCACCACCAUGUGUCCAGGAUCCCUGCUGGCCAGGGCACCCACUUGCAGCUCCAGUCUGGUUCAGGGCAGGUGUGUAUGGUUCCCAGGGGACCCAGUGCAGCCACAGAUGCCCCCCACCUUUCUCGAGAGGGAAAUAAACAGAUAAAUAUACCAAGACAGCUACGGGGUGCUGGGUUGAGCAGUUUAUUGGAUGUUUAAAGGACAGAGAUCUGAACUCCUAGUGACUGCAGAGUGAGCAAGCACCCUGAGUUGUCCUGCAGGGAUGUCCGUGCUGGAUGCGGUGCCAGCAGGCAGGGCUUGGGGACAGGCAUUUGCUGCAGGUGUCGGGUGGGGGGAGGGAGGGGCUGGUCUCUAGAUGCCUGGAAGAGAGGCCUUGAAAGUCAUUCUUCUUGGAUGCAGAGGCCCAUGGCAUUUCUUGGUAGAAGGUCAAAGAGAAGUGUUCAUGCUUGGCAAGGCAGGAGGGUGGGAGAUAGGGCAGCAGGUGGGGAAGGAGAGUCUGGCUCACUGGGUGCCAGGAAAAGGAGGUAAAGGCUGGGCAGGAACCCCUGGCUCCUGACCAGGAAUGGCCAUGGUAAGAGUCCUGCAAAACCGAAAUCAGAUCUUGCACUGGCAGCACACGGGGACACAGCAGCUGGACUGGGAGCAGCAUGGCUUGCAGCAGCUGGACUGGCAGCAGGAUGACCCACAGCCUGAGGAGCAGCAGGGCUUACAGCAACUGGACUGGGAGCAGGAUGGCCCACAGCCUCCCUUAGAACCCCCACAAGAGCCACAGCUGGAGCAGGAAUAGGCUGGGACACAGCAACACACAGGCUUGCAGCAGCAGACGGGCACACAACAGCUGGAGCCACAGCCCCCACAGCCGGAGCCACAGCCCCCACAGCCGGAGCCGCAGCCUCCAGAGCAGCCACAGCAGCCCAUGGUUCUGGUGGAUUGAGGGUGGAGCAGGCAGAGGAGCAGAUGGAGACAACAGGAAGGAAGGAAGGAGGCCUUCCUGGUUACAGGUGGCCACAGGAGAAUAGGCAGCGGCCCAGGACGAUCCAGGGUCCCAGUGGUGGUUGAGAAGCUGGUUUUUAGUGAUCACUCAGGAGCAUCGACCUGGCCUUGUGGGGUCAGACUUUGCAUCUCAGUCAUCCCAGGGAGAAGAAGAAGAUGGUCCACACCCAAGUGCAGGGAACACUGUGGCAGUCGGCCGGGCACCCGCUUCCAGGCAAGGACACCUCCUGCAUCAAGGAAACACGUGUUUCCGGAGUGAGGAGGCCGAAGGCAGGGCCCAGAGGAGAGCCGAGCCAUGGAAGGAGGAGAAACCUGAAGGUCUGGGUCCAGAGCCUCAGAUCUUGCACUGGCAGCACACGGGGACACAGCAGGUGGACUGGCAGCAGCAGGGUUUGCAGCAACUGGACUGGCAGCAGGAUGACCCACAGCCUGGGGAGGAGCAGCAGGGUUUGCAGCAGCUGGACUGGCAGCAGGAUGACCCACAACCUGAAGAGCAAGAGCAGGGCUUGCAGCAACUGCAUUGGGAGCAGCCACAAGAGCCACAGCCACCCUUGGAGCCCCCACAGGAGCCACAGCUGGAGCAGGAACAGGCUCUGCUACUUACACCGAUGCUGUGGCUUUCCUGUCCUCCUCGUCUGCAAACCUCUCUCUGGUGAUUCCACGGCUUUGUGCUUUAGCCACACUAGGUCACAGUCUCAAAGAAAAACGUGGUGCCAUUGGUGGGAAGAAAACAACCAAAAUGAGCUUCGUAGAACACCUGUUCUCUGCCGGUCACGUGAGGAAAACAGAAGGCAGGUGAUCAGGUUCAGUACAAGGUCCAGUUCCAAGGAGGAAGUGGCUACAUUUAGAAAGAACCAUGGGCUGCUGUGGCUGCUCUGGAGGCUGUGGCUCCGGCUGUGGGGGCUGUGGCUCCAGCCGCUGUGUGUCCGUCUGCUGCUGCAAACCCGUGUGCUGCUGUGUGCCAGCCUGUUCCUGCUCCAGCUGUGGCUCCUGUGGGGGCUCCAAGGGAGGCUGUGGUUCUUGUGGCUGCUCCCAGUCCAGCUGCUGCAAGCCCUGCUGCUCCCAGUCCAGCUGCUGUGUCCCCGUGUGCUGCCAGUGUAAGAUCUGAGGCUCUGGCUGCAGACCGUAGGUGGCCCGACUGGCGAAGCGUCCAGCUGCCCAGCUUCCUCGCUCUGGGUUCUCUGGUGCUCCACUGUCUCCACUGUGUCCUCACUGGCUUCAUCCACUCCACACCAGCGCUCCCGAAACUGACUGGGGACCCCUUCUGGCUCACUGCCUGUUACUUCUCCUGAACUUCCUCUCCCUGUUCCGCACUCAUUUAAGAUCCAAAGCGGCCCACUGAGGCCCCAGAGGCAGCUCAGACCCCUUAGACCCUGACAGCUGCCCCUUUUUUCAGGAGUGUGAUCCACCCUUAAUCUCUCUGGCUAUCUGUAUGUCAAGACUGAAUCCUGACCCUCUAAAUAAACAAAGUCUCGAGGCGCAAAGCUCA